CACGGGAGCCACCGGGCAACAUCGUUCGCUGUCCUUCUCCCCACCCUCUCUUCUGCCCCCCCUCAAGUCGUGUUUUCCCUUUUCCUUUUCGGAUUCGGAUCGUACCUUUUUUUGCGCGCAAUGCGAGCGCGGCGGAGCAGCCUCGACGAGAUGGUAGCGACCGAGAGAUGACGGCGACAGCGACGGCGACGAGGAGCGCGGCGGCGGCGGCGGCGGUGGUGUUUGCUUCGUCGAUCGAUUCGGCAUUUUCCGACUUCUUCCUCUUUUGAUUUUUCCUCAUCGAUUCGUGCCUCGAGAAGCCCAGGAAGCCCUAGAUCUUCGAGAGCCUUUGACUCCGGCGUCCGGCGUCGCUUCGCCGGUCUCGCUUGCGGUUGGUUUCCUUCGUUCGCCCGUCGGUCGGCGCGGGUCGGCGCUUUGAUUGCGCGGCCGCUUCCGGCGUGGAUUUUUGGGGGGCCCGGAAGUUAGGGUUUUUGGGGAUCGGUGCUUUCUCGGGGCGUGGCGGCGAUGGAGCCUCGCGUGGGGAACAAGUUCCGGCUGGGCAGGAAGAUCGGCGGUGGCUCCUUCGGAGAGAUCUACCUCGGGACCAAUAUACAGACAAAUGAAGAGGUCGCCAUUAAGCUUGAGAACGUCAAGACAAAGCAUCCUCAAUUGCUAUAUGAAUCGAAAUUGUAUCGGAUCCUGCAAGGAGGAACUGGGAUUCCGAAUGUAAGAUGGUUUGGCGUCGAGGGAGAAUACAAUGUACUUGUGAUGGAUUUGCUCGGACCCAGCCUUGAAGAUUUGUUUAACUUCUGUAGUAGGAAACUUUCCUUGAAGACUGUUUUGAUGCUUGCAGAUCAAAUGAUUAACCGUGUCGAGUUUGUUCACUCGAAGUCAUUUUUGCAUAGAGAUAUCAAGCCAGAUAAUUUUGUGAUGGGCUUGGGGAGACGGGCCAAUCAGGUUUACGUUAUCGACUUUGGUCUGGCCAAGAAAUACAGAGAUAGCUCAACUCAUCAACACAUUCCUUACAGGGAAAACAAGAAUUUGACUGGAACUGCAAGAUAUGCGAGCAUGAACACUCAUCUUGGCAUUGAGCAAAGUCGGAGGGAUGAUCUAGAGUCUCUUGGUUAUGUUCUUAUGUAUUUCCUAAGAGGAAGUCUCCCUUGGCAGGGAUUGAAAGCCGGAACCAAGAAACAAAAGUAUGAGAAGAUUAGUGAGAAAAAGGUUUCUACUUCAAUCGAGGCUCUGUGUCGUGGUUAUCCGACAGAAUUUGCAUCCUAUUUUCAUUAUUGCCGUUCACUGCGAUUUGAUGAUAAGCCAGAUUAUUCUUACUUAAAGAGACUAUUUCGUGACCUCUUCAUACGUGAAGGUUUCCAGUUCGAUUAUGUGUUUGAUUGGACCAUACUGAAAUACCAGCAAUCUCAAAUGGCAACACCCCCAUCUCGUGCACUGGGUCUUGGUGCUGGACCCAGUUCUGGGAUUCCCCCUGUUGCUGGCCAUGUGGAUAAGCAGACAGGUGGAGAAGACAGUCGUCCAGUCGGUUUAUCAUCUAUGGAUCCUUCUAGAAGAAGGCUAUCUGGGGCAACUGCAACUGCUGGAAGUUUCUCAAAGCAGAAGAGUCCAGUUACAAAUGAUGGUGCCAUUUCCAAGGAAGCAAUGAUAUCAAGUUCAGCAUUUUUGGGGCGUUCAGGCGGAUCGUCAAGGCGGGCAGCAAUUUCCAGCAGCCGUGAAGCGUUUAUGGGUGGUGAGUCUGAUUCCCAUCGUGCUCGCACGACAGAAGCCAGUCCUGGAGCAGUCCGCAAGAUUUCAAGUGGCCAAAGAAGUUCGCCAGUCGGUUCCUCGGACCCUAGGCAAUCAUCCUCUGGGAGAAAUGCGGUGCACCUUAAGAAUUAUGAAAACGCCCUAAAGGGCAUUGAGAGGCUCCACUUUGACAGUGACGAGAGGGUUCAUUUUUAAUGGCCAGUUUCGCAGAUCGUUGUAAAUCAAGAACCCUUCCAUUCAGACUUUGUGGUAGAAUAGGCUACUCUCUGGGGGAAUUGACCAAGUUAAGCAUCCAACUCCAGGUAUCUAAUGGUAUGCUUCGCUGUGCUGCUAUAUAUCGCUGGAAUCUUAAAUCCUUGGAUUCAACAAGCGGGGAAUCAUGCGAAGCGCGAUGCGUCAUCUUUGGGAGAUGGAUAUCCUUGGCCCCUUUUUUCCUUUAAACCUUUUUAGUCCUUUUCCCUGUGACUCCCUCCGGCAGUCGCUGUCUCUGUGUGCUUCCCUCUUUAAGUUUUACUUUAGCAGUAUAACACGAAUAUUGAUUUUCAGAAUUUUCUUUUGGCCCUGUAAAUUGGCCCUUGUAUUUGUUUAUUGAAUCAUACUCAGUACACAGUCGCUACAGUCGCUGAAUGUUCCAUUCAUUUCCAUUUGGCUCGAUUAACGGAGGACUUCCAAAUCGACAUGUUUGAUUGUU